UAAUGAUGUGAUACAUUAACAAUAGAUAGUAGAUUUUUAUCAUAGUGACUAUUCUAUAGAUAUAUAGACCACCUGUUCGGCUGUUCAUGGUUCUUUUCCAUACUUUAUCACUUCUAUGAUUUAUAUAUUAUGUUUUUCCGAACAAUUUCCUUCAUUCCUAUUCCUUGCGUCGAUUAUUAACCAUUGUUACUAUUAUUAUUUUUAAUAAUUAGUAGUUCACAAUAUUUAUAAUAUACUUAUUCUAUAAUUAAACCUUUAUUAAAAUUCUGCAAUUCACUUGUGUGUACCUACAUCAUAUUUUCUUAUUUCUAUAUAAAAACAAAAGUUUCAUGUUAUCCAUUGGCGUUUGAUUUGAUAAUAAACUACAGAAUUAAUAUUUCUUUUAUAAAUUAUUGUGAUUAUAAUAGCAAAAAAAAUAUGAUGCCUAGAGGAAAAAAUGGUUAUUCCUGGGAAUUAAAUUCAGGAACUCAAGAUAGUGAGCCUUUGCUAGAAAGAGAUAUUGAAGAUCCAGAUGAUGUGUUAUUUACAUCCCGCCCAAGCACAUCAACAUUUGUAGCUGAUAUGCUGAGUUCACAUUCUCAUAAAAUGAAUAAUCAACACAAUAAACUUGACCUCAUAUCUAAUUCAGUAAAAACUUUGAAAAAUGUUUCAGAAGAUAUAAGUGUUGAGUUAGAUCAUCAAAACAUAAUGCUUGAAAACUUAAGCACUGAAUUAGACAAAACUGAAUCAAGAUUAGAUAUGGUAUCAAAAAAGGUGGCACAAGUUCUACAAUUGUCUGAUGAUAGAAGACAAUGGAUGGCAAUUGGGAUUUUAGUUGGUAUUAUUUUAAUAACCAUAAUUCUUUUAAUAAUUUUGUAAAUUAUGUUCAAACAUUAUAUUUGGUAAAAAAGACUGAUUUUAUUUGUAUAAUAUUUACUUUUCACAUAAA